UCACUGCGUGAAAUGGCUACGAGUAAUUUUGGCUCGGUAUACAAUUUUCCUUCCAGAGUCGUUGCAGUUCAGUGAGAAAUGGAAGACUUGGAGAAGUCGAUGUCUGACGGCAGUGUGGCAUUUAAUGAACUACCACCAAUGCCGCCAUUGAUGAAGUUGAAGAGGAAUAUGCUCAACCAAAUUUCUAGAGAGCAUGGUCCAUCGUCCGUUCCACCAUCUCCUGCGUCAAACCUUUUAGAAGAAAACAUGGAGAAAGCGUCGUGUAUGAGAUCCGCUUCACUGGAAAACAGAGAAGACAAGAGUAGUGUAACCCCUGAGUAUACCAGUAGCACAAGUCCUGUUUCUCCUCCGCCGUUGACAAAAUGGACGAGGAAAACAAUUCCUUCAGCCAGUAUUUCUAACCAUCAGCCAGCUGUCGAAAAGACAUUUCCAACCGCCACCAAAAGCGAACGGAAUGAAGAAACGGCAAGUACAUUAUCUGAAAAGGAAGACGUGGUGAACUGGACUUCAACGUUCAGCGGGUAUGAGAAACGGGCAUCGUCGUUGAGACCGUUUCUUCAAAUUGAAAUGGAAGUUUUAACACCAGCCGCGGCGUCAAAUACUGGAGUUUUUCCUGGAAGGACACCUGAACCAUGGGAACAACCUGAUGCGUUUGGCAUGCCAGUUAAACGAAUGCGUGCUAUCGGACAACAUUCUGAAUCUUCUAAGUUAGUGGCUCAGAAUCAGGAUCUGUUUAAGCAUUCUAAGUGUAAGACAUCACAGAGGUGUCAGUUUUGCCAAAAGGAGUUCAAGUACGUUUCUCACCUCCGGCAGCAUGAACGUGUUCACACUGGAGAUCGACCGUUCAAGUGUGAUGUAUGCGGAAAGUCCUUUUCUCACUCAGGCAAUCUAUAUCCUCAUCAACGUACUCAUACUGGAGAGAGACCGCACAAGUGUAAGACAUGUUGCACAUCGUUCUUACGAUCGACCCAUUUACGCAUACAUGAACGUAUCCAUUCCAACUAAAGACCUUUUACGGGCAAGACAACUGUAUAGUCAUUCACACAGUCAUCCCGACUAUGACAGUAUACAUGAGGAGAACGUCCGUAUAGAUGCGAAGAGGGCGCAAAGUUCUUCAGAACAUCAUCAAGUCUACGCAGACACAAGUGUGAUCUUCACAUGAAAUGAAGAGCCUAAAAGUCGUUAGAAAGUCUUUUAGUAUGGUAUGAAAAUACAUUUCUCCUCUUCGUGCUCAUGAAUUUUACGAACAGAGAAUGAGAGAGUGUGUGUGUGUGUGUGGUAGAAAUAUAGCACAAUGUCAUAAUUAUUCGCAGCAGUUUGAAAACAGCCCAGUCUUUGAUGCUAUUCACACAAGUCUGAUUGUAGCCACACACGCAAUAGACUAUGACAGUGCAGAUUCGCAAGCUGAUGUGGAUUAUGUACUUCUGUAUUUCUCUUCCAUUCCCAGUAUUCCAUGAUCUUGUUCUCAUGUAUUAUGUCAGAAGUUAAUAAUAAUUUUCUAGGGUAAUCUUUAAUCUGAGAACGUUUUAUUUCAUUCAGAUUGCAGAUACGUUCGCAAGUUUUGUUGAUUUUUAAGAGAGCAUGGAAGACCCGACAGUGUGUGUAAGUU